AUGUCUGAGCGAGGAGUUCUCUCUGAUCUUCUGGGGGAGAGAAGUGUUAUUGAUAUGGGUAUAAGGAAAGAUGCUACUGUGGAGGAAGCGAUCUUGUGUUCACAUCGAAGAAGAAGACACUGUACGUGUACGGUGUUGCUGAAGGAUAUUGAAGUAGAUUUGAGUAGAAUGAGAGACUGUCUGAGUCAAGCGGAGGAAGGUAUUAGUUUGUGGAGAAAAGACUCAAGAUUUAAGAAUCAAUUCUCUGCUCAAAAGACUUGGCAGUUAAUACGAGAGACUAAAGCAAAGUGUAGUUGGUCUCGAGGUAUAUGGUUUUCUCAAGCAACGCCCAAGUUUUCUUUCAUGAUGUGGUUGGCUACUUUGGACAGACGUUCCACUAUGGACAGGAUCUUGUGCUGGAAUCCGAGCAUUGAUGCAACAUGUGUCCUUUGUAAGAACGCUCCAGAGUUUAGAGAUCAUCUUUUCUUUGAGUGUUCUUACUCUUUCCAGGUCUGGGAACAUCUUAUUAAAGGGAUGUUGAGAAACUCAUAUACCAAUAUCUGGUCCGGGAUUAUGCUUCUGAUCUCAGACAGGAAGAAGGAGAAGAAGAAGUUAUUUUGCAUCAGAUAUGCACUUCAAUCAGCGAUGUAUGUUCUGUGGAGAGAAAGGAACAAGGUAAAGCAUAGAGAAAAGCUAAUGCCUAAGGUAGUAUUGAAGAAGAUGCUUGAUAAAGAUAUACGCAACAAACUUAGCCUCUUAAGAUCGAAAAGAGUUAAAGGAAUGGAAGGUGCUUUGCAGUUUUGGUUUGUAACGAGAGCGUGA